CCUGUUUCCCUGGGAAUUAUUUUGUCCAAACACCACCUCACUCAGGCUGAAGCUGAUGCAAGUUGUAUGAGUGAGCUGUCAGCUGUGUGAAGAAUAUUAUAAGGAUGGCAGAGUGUGAAGGAGCCAAGAGUCCAAUGGAGCUCUACGAGAAACUGACAGCACAAGGAGAACAAGUCAGGGCCUUGAAAACAGCUAAAGCGACUAAAGCUGAUGUUGAUGCUGCUGUCCAGCUGCUGAUAAAGUUGAAAACAGACUACAAACAAAUGACAGGUCAGGACUACAAAGCAGGCUGUCCACCUUCAGAGAACUCUGUUGCCCCCGACAACGGGCCAGCAGCAGGUGGCGCUGAUGACGAAGACACAGUCGACCCGUGGAACGUUUCCACGAACAACGCCAAGGGAGUGGAUUAUGACAAACUUAUAUUGAGGUUUGGCAGCAGUAAAGUUGACAAGGAGCUGGUGGACAGAAUAGAAAAGGUCUCGGGACAGAAGUCUCAUCGCUUUCUAAGAAGAGGAAUCUUCUUCUCACACAGGGAUAUGCAUCAAGUACUGGAUGCGUAUGAGAAGCAGAAGUCCUUCUACCUUUACACUGGCAGAGGUCCGUCGUCUGAGGCCAUGCACGUUGGUCACCUCAUCCCCUUCAUCUUCACCAAAUGGUUGCAGGAUGUAUUCGACAUUCCCCUCGUGGUCCAGUUGACUGACGAUGAGAAGUACCUGUGGAAGGACCUAUCACUAGAAGACUGCCACCGCUUUGCUGUGGAAAACGCCAAAGACAUCAUUGCCUGUGGCUUUGAUGUCAACAAAACCUUCAUCUUCUCUGACCUCGACUACAUGGGUGCAUCCCCUGAAUUCUACAGAAAUGUGGUAAAGGUCCAGAAGCAUGUGACGUUCAACCAGGUCAAAGGAAUAUUUGGCUUUACCGACAGUGACUGCAUUGGAAAGAUCAGCUUCCCAGCCAUCCAGGCAGCGCCGUCCUUCAGUAGCUCUUUCCCACAGAUCUUCAAAGGCAGAAAGGACAUUCAGUGUCUCAUCCCCUGUGCCAUAGACCAGGACCCCUACUUCAGGAUGACCCGUGAUGUAGCUCCAAGGAUCGGCUAUCCCAAACCAGCCCUGCUGCACUCCACCUUCUUCCCCGCCCUGCAGGGGGCGCAGACCAAGAUGAGCGCCAGUGACGCCAACACCUCCAUCUUCCUCACUGACACACCCAAGCAGAUCAAAAACAAGGUCAACAAACAUGCGUUUUCGGGAGGAAAGGACACAGUGGAAGAGCACAGGAAGUAUGGAGGAAACCCAGACGUCGACGUUGCCUUCAUGUACUUGACAUUCUUCCUGGAGGAUGAUGAACAGCUGGAAAAGAUCCGACAGGAUUACGCAAGUGGAGCUCUCUUAACAGGAGAACUGAAGAAGCUUUUGAUCGAGACUCUGCAGCCAAUGAUCGAGCAGCAUCAGCAGCGACGCAAACAAGUCACAGAGGAGGAGGUCAAGCAGUUCAUGACUCCCAGACCUCUACAUUUUAACUUCUAGCAUGCUUGAUGAGAUGUCAAGCUUCAUCAUGUCACCAAACUUUAUACACGAGGAAAUAAGUAUCUUUCUCCAUUCCACAUUAUUGUCAUUUGUAACAGGAAUACAAAAGUUUUCUCUUUCAGUUUGCAUCAGACCUGGAGAAAAUGUGAACAUGAAAAUUACUGAAGCAAUGUGUUAAACUAAGCAUGGCAUUGCCUUUGACGUCAUGCAACUUGUUGGCUUCACUCUGCACCAAAUGUACACAUCCAUCUCCAUGAAGUGUUUGUGUUGGAAGCGCUGCUUUACUCUCUGCCCUGAAUUCAGAUCAGGUCGAAUGAAAAUUAAAUCGAAGUAUAAGGGAA